UUUCAGGUAGCGUGGCUGCGUGUUGAUACCCAAACAAUUUUAACUAUACAAAAUCAUGUGAUUACGAAAAAUCAACGUAUUGGUAUUACAAAUUCUGAGCACAAAACAUGGACGAUGCGUAUAAAGGAUAUUAAGGAGAGUGACAAAGGCUGGUAUAUGUGUCAAAUUAAUACAGAUCCAAUGAAAUCACAAAUGGGUUACUUAGAUGUAGUGGUUUUACAUGUCGAAGGCACUAAUCUUAUUUUACCAAGAGUAAAACGCCAACACAUGGGAGCUUAUCUCUGCAUUGCCUCCAAUGGUGUGCCGCCUUCCGUUAGUAAAAGGAUCACUUUGAUAGUACACUUCCCGCCUAUGAUCACUGUACAAAAUCAACUUAUUGGUGCUGUGGAGGGCAAAGGAGUAAUUUUAGAAUGCCAAUCAGAAGCGUUUCCCAAAGCUAUAAAUUAUUGGACCAGAGAAAGAGGAGAAAUAGUGCCACCAGAUCUUCUUAUGAUUAGUGAAUUUGAAGAUUACUAUCCCAAUUCCUCAACAGACAGCAUUGUAUCCUGCACAUCACUGACAACCUUCAGUAUAGCAAUGAUUCUAUUAAAUUGGUGUCAGCGACAUUGA